AUGGAAGGAGGCAGCAGUUACGAUUCUCUCCCACAUGAUAUCAUCCUCCAUAUAUUCUCAUAUAUAUUCUCACGGCUUCCACUGGAUUGUGUGUUCAGAUUGAAGUGCGUGUGUAAGGCAUGGUCUGCGUUAAUCAGUGACUUCGAAGCUUUACACUUGAAGCGCUUGAGGGAAACAUCUCGUGGGAUCGUCUGCUUGCACACCCAUCGUGAUUCUCCUGAUUCUGGUGAUUGCAAGAUUUCCUUUGAAAUACGUUCUUUACAAGUAGGAGGUAGGUUUAAGACUCUCUUGAAAAAAGAGGUAUUUAGAUCAAACAUGUACUCGCGGUACUGGAGUAUCGGCCAAGUACAUUCCUUGGGCGGUUUGAUCUGCUUGAACGAUGGCCAAGAUUUUGAUGUAUUCAAUCCCACUACAGGAGAGUUUGCUAGUCUCCCACCUUGUCCUCGCGAUGCUUUUCCAGCUUUUCCAGAUUCGCGAAGGUCUGUUAUAUUAUCUGGAUUUGGAUAUUGUCCUCUGACAAAGCAAUAUAAAGUAUUGAGCAUCUUUCACUAUGUGUAUGGAGACGUGUUUAAUCAGACUCCACUUUCUGGCUUCAAGGCUGCAAUAAUAACCGUGGGUCGUUCGAAUUCAUCAUGGAGGAUUAUUGACAUCCCAUCGUCCUAUCCUUUUUCUAAUAAUAUAACAUUCUGUAUUAAUGGUACUUUCUACUGGUUGAAUUACUCCAAAAAUCAAAAUCAAUAUCAGUAUCAUCACAUUACAGCAUUUAACGUUAGUGAUGAAACAUUCCAAGAAAUCGGUCUACCUCCACAAGUUGACAUGCGCCCUUCAAAGACUUUGGAUUUGGCAGAACAUGAAGAAGGGAGGUUGUGUUUAGUUGACUUCGUCGAACACAAUGGGGAACACUUAGAUAUAUAUAUCAUGCUGGAGAAUCUUCAAUGGGAAUUUCGAUUUAGAGUCUUUUUUGAGGAUUUCCAACAAUAUGAAUAUGAUGCUUCUGACUCAUAUCCAGAAUGUGUUCCUAUGUAUGGAAAUCUAUCUUACAGUGGUAUGAUUGGAGGUAUUUUUGUGCCUGAAGAAGCUAAUGCAAUUAAGAAAAUCCCUUUGUCUCUGGUUGUGGUGGAGGACUCUCUUUUGGCCUAUGGAGCAAGAUGGGAAAUACACAUGUAA